AUGGCAGCAAGAACAGGGCGUGAAAAACAAGUCUAUAAAGGUUCAAUACGUCAAGUUAGUUUUAACAAUUAUUUCAACUGUUUAAAAGAAAUAGAGAAACCAGUGGCAGGAUGUGUACCAAUUAAUAAGGCGACUGGAGAAAUCUUAUUAAUAACAUCCACAAGCGGAGAUGGAUGGGUACUGCCUAAAGGUGGUUGGGAAGACGAUGAGACGCAACAAGAAGCAGCAGCUAGGGAAACAUAUGAAGAAGCUGGUGCGCGCGGAAAAUUAUCAUUUAUUGGAAUAUGGGAUCCUAAAAAAACUGGUAUAUCCCAUGCUACAUUUAUUUUUUUUGAGAUGGAAGUGGAUAAAUUAGAAGACAAAUGGCCGGAAAUGGAUGUGCGAGAUAGACAGUGGUUUUCAUAUGAUGAUGCAAUAAAAAUUUUAAAAAAACCUUUCAUGCGGCAGGUAGUAGAACAUUGCUCGUUGGCUCCCUCAAAUAAUUAA